GGUUCUUCAGCGAUUCAUCUCGUCUCUAGCGGCCUUGAAAACUCUUCGUCGUUCUCCUCAUACCGAGCAGGGUUGCAUGUUUCUGCGUAGAAGUGAUGUGCGAAGGAUGGGCGAGGUGCUCACUCCCGAACGUGCCUCAGGAAUUUGGGUUUGCAGCCCCUAACGUUCCCUCGUACAUCUCACGUGAAGUGGAGCACAGUAGUUCGAAAUGUGGACCGUGUACUAGAAGACAAAACGAUGGAAAGCCGAUAACGUCAGCUAACGUCCGGUGCGUCGGGUUCCGGCAUCCAGUCGCCAGCGGAGAGGAGGGUGCUCUAUCUUCGCAGCCAUCGCUGGCGCAGCUGCGCAUCGAUUUCACGAUUUCACAAUUACUCUCUCUGCCUCGCGUGGAUUGAUUGUACGAGCGGAAUAUGGCUCUGACUGCGCAGCUCUCCGUCCUCGGCAUUCCCGGUCUGUGCCCGCCUGUCCGGAGCAAGAGUGCCCGCCUCUCGACAUUUCAGUCGUCUGCACUUCUGCGGAGGAAGGAUGUCGCAGAGAAGUUGCACCAUUGCGGAAGCUUAAGGACUUCAUCAAGGAUUGGGAGAAAGCAACGUGAGUGGGUUUUGCAAGCGAGUAGUGAGAAGGAAAUUAUAAGCAACGAGGAGAAGCCCGUGGCUUCCGAUUCCAGCCCUGGAGCAAAGGACGUGGAGAAUAGCAGUGGACCACCAGUCUUGACAAUCAUAGCCGGACUUGUUGUUAUGCUCGGAGUUCUUUGGGCAGUGUCCUCCAUCGUUCAAUGGAUAGUUUCGCUAUUUAUUAGGUGAAGAAAUUUGCCGAUCGAAAUGAAUCUAUUUGUAAAGUAUGUGAUUAAGGGUGACGCUUUCAAUGAAUUGCUUGUGUGUCAAACACUAUGAGGAUGAAC